AUGCCUCGACAGAACGUGACAGACGGAAACCGGAAAAAGAAGAACCAACCGCGUGUUCCUGAUGAAAAAUGGGACAAAAACAGAUGGACCUUUGCCGGCCUCUACGAUCGAAUGUCCCUCCAAGAAGUAGUAGAAGUGGCUCGAAGAGAGCUGGAUUUCCCUGCAACCGAGAGACAAUUCGUCAACCAGUUUAACAAACAUGGGGUCUAUAAGAACCGCGCCGCGGGCGACUCCCGGAAUAAUAAGCGACUGCUCAGCGCCGCCGACUUCCACCAGGCUGUUUCCGAUGGUCGCCACGCCUUCCCCAUCUACUGGACACAACUUUCCCAGUGCACGAUACCGAGGCUUUUCUUGGACCUAUUGGUCAACUGUGCCAGGACUUGCGAGGCGGAUGAGGCCGUGCAGAUAAGGGAAUACAUCAAUAGGCUUAUCAUGGAGCUCAAGGGCCGUGGAAGUGAGGAUGGUAUUCUGUUCUGCCACCUUCUCUACAUUCUCCGAGGAUAUAUUGCUCGGCGAGUUGGAUAUCAACCGCAGGACAUGUACCACACACAGAACACGCAGGAUACGCAGGACAUUGCCCGGAUGGUGCGCGCUGGAGUUGAAGGCUUGAUAGCCCAGGCAACGCGCAAUGCACAACCCCCGAGAACCUACCCCAAGAUCAUUGAUAUUUCCAGCUCGGUGGCCCAGACAACGCGCAACCCGCAACCCUCGAAAACCGGCUCCAAGGUCAUUGAUAUUCCCGGCUCGAUAACUCAGGCAACGCGCAACCCGCAACCCCUGGAAACCUACCCGAAGAUCAUCGAUAUGCCCCGAUUUAUGUUGAUCAACUUCGGCUUGGAUGAGUACUCAAAGUUGAUGCAAACGGGAGAGCAAGCGCUGGGAGAGGCGGAGAUCUAUGGAAAGGAUUGGCGAGAACAGAUGAUGCAAACGCUUCUCUGCAACCAACAACUACCGAAAGGCCAAAAGAGCCAGUUCCUCAGAAUCCUGCCCGACUGUCUCGCCUGGUGCAUCAAAAAGCUCAACGGACCCUUCGAGAGACUCCCUCCCUCCAGCAUUCUAACCGCAGGCGACCGCAACGACCCUACCUGGAAGGCUACCGUUUACGUCUUCUGCUUCCUGUGGGGGUGCUGCUUCUACGAUCUCCCAGGAAACUAUUGUCCCUGGGCCCGACUCGUUCUCAAAGGUUUCGGCAUCACGACAUCGGAAUUUCUCUUGACUAUGACUUCGAUGAUUUUGACGACGGUUUCCAGAUCUCACGCUGGGGAUGCGGCGGUAUCUACCAAUGGUCACAUACUGGAAGAGGCCACGAGAUCCUCCUCCCCCACGGCUCUCCUCACCUUAGCCCGCGAUGCUGCCGUGGCGUUGGGGGAGCCUAAGAUUGACCUCCUUGACCCGUUCUUGGAUGAGUAUGCAUACCUUACCUUCCCUUCCCCGGUCCCCGUCACCUCGGGAGAACGGCGUUACAUGGACGAAAUAUUUCAGUACACUAGAGAAUUCAUAAGCAGAUUUUCCUUUCCCGAUGAUCUGGGAUAUGAUCAAGAGAAUCCACAUGUGAGUUUGAUGGAGGAGGGUACAACGGGAUACGAUAUGAUGAACUAG